GUUAUGGAGUUUUUACCAAAACUGACUUCCAAAAAGGAGACUUCCUGCUUGAGUAUGCUGGUGAACACAUUACAGCGGAGGAGGGCGACAAGAGAGAAAGAGAAGCCAAUUACACUAGUUCUCAAGGCAGUUUUUUAUUUUUUUAUGGAAAAAAUUGUGUGGAUGCAACAUUUGCUGAGUCAAGAUUGGGCCGCUUUGUCAAUGAUGAAGUUUCUAAAAAAGCUAAUUCAGUCAUGAAAAAAAUCGAUGUAGAUGGCAAGCAACAUCUUUGCCUUUUUGCAAAAUGCGACAUAUGUGCAGGAACAGAGCUGCGGUACGAUUAUGGAGUACCAAAUCUUCCAUGGCGGAAGAUGACUGAAGUGGUUAGUUCUAAAAUUAUUUGCAGCAGUUCUAUAACAGGAACAGAUAUUGAUGAACAUAGUUUAUUGAAAGAGAUAGCUUUUUGGUUGAAUGACGAAACUAAACGUGUUUCUGAGAGUUUUGAUUCAGACUGUGAUGAUCCAAAUGAUGACAAAUACGAAUCUGAUGAAAGUUAUUCCGAUUCUGAUUUGAGUAUUGUAAUUCCAGUGACAAAUCCUGUGAGUAUUGACAGGAGUUCACAAUUGAAAAACCAGACAAAGGAACAUAACGUUUUGGAGAAGCAGAUUAGUUGUGUAAAAUCAACAAAGAAAAAUCUGAAGAGACGUUGCCCAUUCUGUGGCAUAUUCCAAGCAAAACUAUCAAGAAAUAUCAAUUUUAAAGCACAAAGACAUCCCAGAAAUUGCAAAUGCUAUGAAAGCUCCUAAAAAAGAACGUUUGGAACUGUUCAGAAAAUUUCAAAAGAAAGGUAUUCUUCAGGAAAACAAAUAUCAGUCAAGUCUU